AUGGGUGUCAGUAAUCGUAUUAGGAAUAAUGCUCGAGCAUCUAUUUUAAAAUGUAGUCGUUAUUAUACUUCUGAAGGGGCUACUCCUAAAAAAAAAGGCUUUAAUAAGUUUGUUGCUUUAACUUUGUUAGCUGUUGGUGGUGCUGCUGGCUAUCAUUAUAAUAUAAACCAGUCCUUCAAAUCAACAUAUGAUGCUUCGAAUGUUAUUGCUAACAAAGAAAAGAAAGAAACUGAUUAUCAAAAGAUUUAUAAUGAAAUUGCAGAAAUGCUUGAUGAAGAUUCAGACUAUGAUGAUGGAUCCUAUGGACCUGUUCUACUUCGUCUUGCAUGGCAUGCGUCUGGUACCUAUGAUAAAGAAACCAAGACAGGAGGCAGUAAUGGCGCUACUAUGAGAUUUGAACCUGAAUCUAUACAUGCUGCUAAUAAUGGUUUAGUAAUUGCUCGUGAGUUAUUAGAGAAGAUUCAUAAAAAAAAUCCUGAAAUCAGUUAUGGUGAUCUUUGGACCUUAGCUGGUGUUUGUGCUGUUCAAGAAUUGGGAGGUCCUACUAUUCCUUGGAGACCUGGCCGUGAAGACGCUUUAACUACCGAAAGUUGCACUCCUGAUGGUCGUUUGCCUGAUGCUACCAAAAAAGAAGAUCAUAUCCGUGAUAUUUUUUAUAGAAUGGGAUUUAAUGAUCAAGAGAUUGUUGCUUUAGUGGGUGCACAUGCCUUGGGACGUUGUCAUCCUGAACGCAGUGGAUUUAAUGGACCUUGGCAAGAAGCACCUACAGUAUUUUCUAAUGAAUACUUUAAGGCUAUUUCUACUCGUACAUGGAUUAAGAAAGAAUUGCCUGAUGGUGGUUGGCAAUGGGUUGACAAGAACAAUACAGAUGUUAUGAUGCUGCCUGCUGAAUUAGCCAUGUAUAAUGAUAAGGAAUUCAAAAAAUACUUUGAUCUAUAUGCUAAAGAUCAAGAAAAGUUCUAUGAAGACUUUGUAUCAGCUUUUACCAAAUUGAUUGAAUUGGGUGUACCCUUUAAAGGCGAUGUAAAAGUAUACAAAUUUAAACGUGUAAAUGAGUAA